CUUGGCCAUUCAUUCAUUCCGCGACUUCUAAACGCCUUGGCUGGAGAUAUAUAAGUUUAAACUCUAACUAAAUCGAAUAAGAAGCUGAAAGAUGUCCAAGCUAACCGUGAUCCUGUUGACAGCCCUGCUGGGUUGCCUUGUCUCCGGUGGAGCGGCUGGCAAAAUCCGUGUGGAUAGCAGCGAGGUUCGAGUGGUGAAGGACAUUCAUGUGUUUGCCGCUCAGCAUCCGGGUCUUCGGAUUCAGGCCCUGGACAAGGAGGUUGUGCCGGGCAAGGCGCGUGUGGGAAGCCAGACGCUGCGCUAUAACCUGGGAGCCCGCAUUCCCAGCGAUCGUCUGGUGGCCCAGGCAGCCGAUACCUUCGAGUACCCGCGGGCACAGGACGUCAGCCUGCAGUUGACCUAUCCGGAGCAGGGCGCCGGCGCCAUCGUGUCCUACGUGGAGCUGCUCUGCACCCAGGACACCAGCGAUGGCUCCGCCUACGUGGUGGCCGGCGGCAUCGGCCAGCGAUACAUCUCCAUCGUUCUGGAGGCCAGCAGCACCAAGAACUUCUCCUACCAGGUCCAGUACUACGGCGUACCGGAAUAGGCAUCAUCCAUCGUUUUCCUUUAAAAUGUGUGUCCUUUGACUACAAUUUGAACUACAAUAUAUAUGUGUAUACAGGCAGACUAAUGUCGGUCCCAAAUGUGA